AUGCCUGGACUAGUGAAGUCCCUGGCCCCGAAGAAGGGCUCCAAGAAGGCGGUGACCAAGGCCCAGGAAAGAGAUGGGAAGAAGCGCAAGUGUAGCCGUAAGGAGAGCUACUCCGUGUACGUGUACAAGGUGCUGAAUCAGGGCCAUCCGGACCCCGGCAUCUGGUGCAAGGCCAUGGGCAUCAUGAACUUGUUCGUCAAUGACAUCUGGGAGCGCAUCGCGGGAGAAGCGUCACGCCUGGCGCAUUACAACAAGCACUCGACCAUCACUUCCGGAGAAAUCCAGAUGGCCGUACGCCUGCUGCUGCCCGGGGAGCUGGCCAAGCACGCUGUGUCCGGGGGCACCAAGGCUGUCACCAAGUAUACCAGCUCCAAGUAUGUUUAUAUCCACUUUUCAGAGCCAUUUCACGUUUUCACAAUCAGAGCUGCGCACUAG